GAAGAACGGCGAGGAGGGCGGGAGGAAGGGGGAGAGCUGCUAUCUUGCCUGAACAGACAAGGAGAAGAGACGGGGGAGGGGGGCGGUAGACCUCACCCAAAGUCCAGCUGAGCAAGUUGUCGUUGCCUUUUCGGUGCCAGCCGGUUAGUCCUGCUAAACUGAGCGCCUUUGCAGAGAGCGAGGGGGGCCCGGGGAGAGCAGGGAGCCACACUCAGGCUCUCCCGCCCCUGCCCAGCUUCUUGGGAAGUUGAGUCCUCCGGGCGGGCGGCUCAGAAGCCGAAGGAGGGGCUGGGAGACAGUCUUAAGUAGCCCGAGGUUGCUGGUUGGAGUGCUAAAAGGCUGUUCUUGGCAACCCAGAGCCCUUCUCCGCCUCGGGGAAGUCUGGAACCGCACCUGCUUGCUUAUAUUUUUCCUAGAAGAUCUGAGUUGUCUCCUUAAGCUAGUGAACGCAGAGCGAGCCCAGGGUGGCCUCCUCUCUCAGAGUCGUCCUGUCCUCUUGUUCUCUCCUUCUGAGCUCUCUCUGCUUUUUACUACCCCCUCCCCGUGCCCCUCUGUUAAAAAAAAAUCAUUUCCUCUCCUAAACCAGUCUGGCAAAAGUCUGUUACCAGAAUGCACAUGGGCAGGGCUGGACAGGUGUGUUGUGUCAAGAAAGACAGGUGCAAGUUUCCUGGGGUCUGUGUUCCUUACAGCUCCAGACCACAGGCUUCAGGGACUAAGAGGUUUGUGAAUUUAUGGUGGUUCUCCUUAACGGGAUUGUCAGGCUAAUGGGAAUCUGGCUGUUGGCUGUUGUGUCUGAGCCCCUGCUGUGAGAGGGUGUUUUUUUUUGGGGGGGGGGGGGUUGGUAGAUUGUAUUUGUGUAUUUGUCUUAAGGAUGUUGGCAGGUGACUGCUGAGGUCAUAUCUCAGGCUUCUGUCUGCCAGCCUGCCAAAAGCAACCCACCCCGCCCCCACCCCCACUUCAGGGCAGCAGGUGGAAGGAGUUGACUUUCUCUUUGCUUCCCUCCAGUUUAUGCCUCUCUGGCAAGUCAGUGCUUGGGGAGGGUGCAGUGGGGGGAGAUCUCCUCUGUGUGUGUGUGUGUGUGUGUGUGUGUGUGUUUGGACAGCAAUAGCAACGGGUAGUUUGCCCAAAAUUCCAAAGCCAGUUCACAACUGUGACUGCUCUGUUAGAGCUCCUCUUUGUAUUGUGCUUUCUCUCCCUGCCCCAAAAGAAUAGGUAUGUGCCUGAACUCUUUCAAGCCCUGUGUUAAAUACUCUCAUAAAGUGAACCCUGCCUGCCAUUGUAUCAGACAUGUGCCAGGUGUCCUAGAUAGGACUUUGAUGGAGAGGGAGAAUCUAAGUCUGGGAGAGGGAGCUGGGCUUUUGCUAUUUGAUGGAAGAUCUGGGCAGCCAGUUGUUCUAUGAAGAGUUUCUUGCAAGAACUUCUGAGUGUUCUCAGAAUGAAACGGGCUGCUUGCAGUGAGAAAGAAGAAAGUCUGCUUUUGUGCAGGAGAGAUAUUGGGAGUUCUAUGGUCCCGGGAUUCUUGAGCUGUGCCCAGCUGACAAGCUUUUGAAGAUGGCACAAUAACUGUCCAGUGAUGCCUGACCAUGACAGCACAGCCCUCUUAAGCCGGCAAACCAAGAGGAGAAGGGUUGACAUUGGAGUGAAAAGGACGGUAGGGACAGCAUCUGCAUUUUUUGCUAAGGCAAGGGCAACAUUUUUCAGUGCCAUGAAUCCCCAAGGUUCAGAGCAGGAUGUUGAAUAUUCUGUGGUGCAACACGCAGAUGGGGAAAAGUCGAAUGUACUCCGCAAGCUGCUGAAGAGGGCGAACUCGUAUGAAGAUGCCAUGAUGCCUUUUCCAGGAGCAACUAUAAUUUCCCAGCUGUUGAAAAAUAACAUGAACAAAAACGGUGGCACCGAGCCCAGUUUCCAAGCCAGCGGACUCUCUAGCACGGGCUCUGAAGUACAUCAGGAGGAUAUAUGUAGCAACUCUUCAAGAGACAGCCCCCCAGAGUGUCUUUCCCCUUUUGGCAGGCCUACUAUGAGCCAGUUUGAUGUGGAUCGCUUAUGUGAUGAGCACCUGAGAGCAAAGCGCGCCCGGGUUGAGAAUAUCAUUCGGGGUAUGAGCCAUUCCCCCAGUGUGGCAUUAAGGGGCAAUGAAAACGAAAGAGAGAUGGCCCCGCAGUCUGUGAGUCCCCGAGAAAGUUACAGAGAAAACAAACGCAAGCAGAAGCUGCCCCAGCAGCAGCAACAGAGUUUCCAGCAGCUGGUUUCAGCCCGAAAAGAACAGAAGCGAGAGGAGCGCCGACAGCUGAAACAGCAGCUGGAAGACAUGCAGAAGCAGCUGCGCCAGCUGCAGGAGAAGUUCUACCAGGUCUACGACAGCACCGACUCCGAAAAUGAUGAAGAUGGCGACCUGUCUGAAGACAGCAUGCGCUCAGAGAUCCUGGAUGCACGGGCCCAGGACUCGGUGGGGCGCUCAGACAAUGAGAUGUGUGAGCUGGACCCGGGGCAGUUCAUCGACAGGGCCCGAGCCCUCAUCAGGGAGCAGGAGAUGGCCGAGAACAAGCCUAAACGAGAAGGCAGCAACAAAGAAAGAGACCACGGGCCAAACUCCCUGCAGCCGGAAGGCAAGCAUCUGGCAGAGACCUUAAAACAGGAGCUGAACACGGCCAUGUCACAGGUCGUGGACACAGUGGUCAAAGUCUUCUCAGCCAAACCCUCUCGCCAGGUUCCUCAGGUCUUCCCACCUCUCCAGAUCCCCCAGGCCAGAUUCGCAGUCAAUGGGGAAAACCACAAUUUCCACACCGCCAACCAGCGCCUGCAAUGCUUUGGUGAUGUCAUCAUUCCGAACCCCCUAGACACCUUUGGCAAUGUGCAGAUGCCUAGUUCCACAGACCAGACGGAAGCCCUUCCCCUGGUGGUCCGAAAAAACUCAUCUGAGCAAUCCGCCUCUGGCCCGGCCACUGGUGGCCACCACCAGCCCCUGCACCAGUCGCCCCUUUCUGCCACCGCAGGCUUCACCACCCCCAGCUUCCGCCAUCCCUUUCCCCUGCCCUUAAUGGCUUACCCAUUUCAGAGUCCAUUAGGUGCUCCCUCCGGCUCCUUCUCGGGAAAAGACAGAGCCUCUCCUGAGUCCUUAGACUUGACUCGGGACACAACGAGUCUGAGGACCAAGAUGUCAUCCCACCACCUGAGCCACCACCCCUGUUCACCAGCACACCCACCCAGCACCGCAGAAGGACUCUCUUUGUCACUCAUAAAGUCCGAGUGUGGAGAUCUUCAAGAUAUGUCCGACAUCUCUCCUUAUUCGGGAAGCGCAAUGCAGGAAGGGCUAUCACCCAAUCACUUGAAAAAGGCAAAGCUCAUGUUCUUUUACACCCGUUACCCCAGCUCCAACAUGCUGAAGACCUACUUCUCGGACGUAAAGUUCAACAGAUGCAUCACAUCCCAGCUCAUCAAAUGGUUUAGCAACUUCCGUGAGUUUUACUAUAUUCAGAUGGAGAAGUAUGCGCGCCAAGCCAUCAAUGAUGGAGUCACCAGCACAGAGGAACUGUCCAUCACCAGGGACUGCGAGCUGUACAGAGCCCUCAACAUGCACUACAACAAAGCAAACGACUUUGAGCAGGUUCCAGAGAGAUUCCUGGAAGUUGCGCAGAUCACGUUACGGGAGUUUUUCAAUGCCAUCAUCGCGGGCAAAGAUGUUGAUCCUUCCUGGAAGAAGGCCAUUUACAAGGUCAUCUGCAAGCUGGAUAGUGAAGUUCCUGAGAUUUUCAAAUCCCCUAACUGCCUACAAGAACUCCUUCACGAGUAGAGAUCGCAACGCCCUUUUGAAUGUAUGGAUAGAAGAAGUCCCCCUUGGAUGUCCAACUUCUCUGUGUCUAGAUUUUGGUUUUAUAUGUUUGUGUGGGGGAGGCAUGGAUACUUUGUGAUGUCAGCUGGUGGUCCCUGCUCAUCCUCUUUGGGUUCCUUUUAUUUUCCCUCAUCGUAAGGGGAUGGGUAUUUUCCUUCUACACCCUUUAGUUUACUUUUGCCCAAGGCCCUUAAUGUUUGGAGACUUAAGGUAGGGUUGGUCUUCAGGAGAAGGGAAUGUCAGCCUGUGUAAAGUGUAUAAAAGCUAUGGAGUGAGCCGGUGACUGUGACACAGCUCACGUGCACACCCCCCGUGCUGUGUCUCCUGUUUCUAGGGUUAAGAAGUUCUGGAAGAACCUGAGGAAAAGCACUUCACACACUGGAAUACCUUGUUUGAUUUGAGCCUGAUAAAUAACCUUUUCUUACACGUUUAAGCCAAUGCCCUUGGCUGCUGGGUAGCUCACAUCUCAAAAGUACCCUCAAAAAGUACAAAGGAUUGUCACCAAGUCCUUUGUAAGAGAAAUGGCAUAAACCCCCAGACCCAAUUUUGUAUAAAACCGGCUCUCCUGAGACUAGCAAGGCUGGGAAUGCACGCAGGCCGACCUGCUGUCUCUGUGAACUUUAGAGCAGGCUCUGGGUGAGAUGUGAGCUUGGCUGUGUCGACUUAGAGGAAACCCCGUUCUUUGUCACUAGUUGCUGUUUACUUUGCUUCAGAUAUUAAAAGGCACGCACUUUUCAAACGCUCAGCUCCUUAUGUGCUUACCAUUGCUACUGCUUUUUGACCCUCUUUCUUCUCCUCAAACACUAAUUUCUGGAUACCUUUCUACAGUAAGGAAUUAAGAACUCCCAUUGACCGAGAAACCCUUGCCUACUCUUGGAGCAUGCUGGCAGCUGCUAGUGGACCUGACCUGCACUUCCUGUGAGGAUGGCACCCAGGGAUGGCUCGUUUGCACAUGGGUACGGAGGGUGGCUGUCUGUCUCUCCCCUCUGGGUUGUAAUAUCUUAAAGCAGCUGAUGAUGUCUCUUCUACUCCAGAAGCUGAUGUUUGACCCAAGUGUGUACAAUAGGUUAGUUUCCAGCAUACUGAGAAAGCUGGCUGCUCUUUCUCCCAUUCUCAGAUGGCUCUUCCCAACCCUCCAGGUUUCUGAUGACUUACCACCUCCUACACCUAUUUAAAAUGCUAAAUACCACUCGUGCUUCUUUUCCUAACUGGAUUUGUGUGUGUGUGUGUGUGUGUGUGUGUGUGUGUACAGGUGCAGUAAACAGCACUGUUCACUCUAACGGUGUGAUCCAGGCCCCUACUUCCCCUUAGAUAAUCUGAUGUGCCCACUGUAAAAACGACAUAGCAACAGGGCUGGUAUUUGAAACAGAAAGGAUGAAAAUGCCAUUUUUCCUUAAUUUCUUAAAGAUAAAAAAAAAAUCAGCGUUUGACUUUGGAGGACUCGGGUCAGCCCUUGUGACUGACUGUCUGGCUGCAACGCUGUAAUUCAACAUCACUUAUAAAUUCUGCUGAUGGGCAGGGAUGUAUGAACACAAUUAUUGUCAGCACAAAGCCUUAAAACCUGCUGACUUCAAGCUAAACAGCGAAGCCCUGAGAGGCCCAGCAUCUUCCGGGAGACCAGAAGGCCCCGGCGAUAUAGACAGAGCAUGGAUUUGCAUGCUCAACACUGUCCACUCGCUUCAGUGCCAUCUCCCAGUGCGUACACACCCAUUCGUGAACAGGUAAUUGUCAGAGUAUAUCCGUUAUUUUUCUGGCUGUCUUUAAAACAGAAAAAGCCCAGGUAAUCGAUUAUACCAAUGAGAUAAAUGUUACAAAUGAAACAGCAGAACCAGGGACCCAAUCAGUACAAAUGAUGAGAGGUCUUCGACAGGCUUUGUUUGGAAGCCUGGGCACUCUGGUUACUGCAAGGGUCCUUCCUGGCUGUUCUGAGUCCCAUGCCAACCACAUCUCCCCCAUGCCACCCUUUGCAAGGUCAGAGGUGAAGCUGUAGUGUAGUCACCUGUGUAGGCAGAUUGCUAGGUAGCUUCAUAAUUUGGGGCAAAGGAAUAUUGAUUCUAGACUUAAUCUCGAUUUUUUAAAUAUCGUUUUCCUCUGCCCUUCUGAUUUAAAUAGACAAAUUUAUCACACACAAAGAGGUGUUUUCUACUGAACAAAUGUCAGUACCCUUAGCUACCUAGACUCUCCUCUUGGUGUUCCCCAAGGUUGGAGAUGAUCUUACUCUGUCAGCAUGAGGACAGACAGCUCGAUGUCAAAAGCAGGUCUUCACGGCUUUGCACUGAGGUGAGCUUGUAUGACAGAAGCCUGUCUCUCAGUACUCCAACCAAGCAGUUAGUUCUUAAAUAAAACAAAAACCAACCAACCAACAAACAAACAAGCAAAUAAAAUUACCUAGUAUCAUUCACACCUUAGUUCAGCUCUCAUCAAGUGAAAACUGCUCUGUGCAUGGGAGAAAGUUAACUUUUCACAGUGGGAACGUAGGGACCAGUUCCAAAUUCUGGGUUUCAAUUCCACAUGGCCAUUCCUUUUAUGCUAGCCCUGUAUUAUUUUUGUGUGUACACUCAAGGUGAUAGUCUGUGCCUAGAUCUAAACUACACCAGCGUGGGGAUUUAAAAAAAAAUCCUUCAAAAUACCAGUUCUUUCCCCCCACAAGUACAAAUGUUCUUGUGCCUUCUGUGGCUUUCCGUCUCAUUUCUUUUUACUUUAUUUCCAACUACAGCUGCAAUAAACACUAAUUUUUUUUUCUCCUGGCCGUUUGACAUGAUGUUGAUAGCUAUGCAUAUUUUGCGUCUUUUUUAAAACAAAACGGGAGAAUAACGUUUUUGAAGAAGAUAAAUUUUUAGAACAGUUUGAUACACCGCAAAUUAUUUUUUUCCCACAAUUGUCUGAGCAGCAAUUGGGUUUUGGAGAUUCUUGUAGAAGCCGAUUUUUUUUUUUUUUUUGGUAACUGUGGUGUAGCUCUCGUGUAUUAUUAGCCUAAUGAGAAGCACUAUAGAAGCAAUAUUUCAUACCAUGUGCAAUGUGUGUGCAGAAGCGUGGGCGUGAGCACGCAGGCGCGCACACAUGUAAAAAAUAUACAUAUGUAUGCGUGUGAAGUGGAAAGCUUAAUUUUUCUUAUCUAGACUUAAGAACUUAUUUUAGGCAUUUUGUUAUGUUUUGUGAAAAGAAUGUUCUAUUUGCAACAACACAACACUUAACUUCUCACUGUCUCUCCUCUGGCUGUUCAAUGAAAGUGUUUUGCAUUAAAUGGUAAAAUUAUGUGGAAGAUGUUAGGCUCUAGUAACUGUUUCAGUGAACGUUCACCCCAUAUUCCUCAAGUUUGCUUUGUGCCUCUGAGUGUUACUUAAUUGAAGUAUUUUAUGUUUGAAGAAUCCUUGUUACUGUGCUAGGUAUAUGGGUGAAUAUCAUUUUAAAAACAUUAGGAACAUCAAAACAAGAACACUAAAGCAAAGGGGAACUUUUAUAAAAAAAUGUAAAUAUUUAACCUCAUGGCCGUUGUUACGUAAGACAUGAGAUUUAAUAGCUACAGUCUCACAGCAUCUGCUGGAUUUAUUAGGGACAGUACAGUGACUGAAAAGUCAGUUGAAAGCAUUCUCAAAAGUCCUGCUCUCUACUUGUAAGAGAUAAGAGUCUCUACCAGAGGUCAAGGGCAAGGGUACAGGCGUCUCUGAAAAUCUGUGACAUUUCUUUUCCGUGUACAUGAAGACAUUUAGUGAGUAAUCCCCCAUGUCCCCACACACACUCAGGCUAAUUAUCACAAGUUCGGGGGGAGGAGUUGACCACAGACUGCUCCCCAGACGCAACCAUAAAUUAAUCAAAGCAAGAGUGGUUUACAGAUAGUCCCCCAAAGCAGCAGUGUGUGUAAGGACGAGAACAAUCUCUUUGCCGUGUAUAUUAUAGAGACUUCUUUGGUAUGAACAGCACAACCGUUCCCUCCUGGUGUAAACCCUGCGUCUGCAGAUUACAGAGAUUGCUCUCAAAGGCUCCCCUCGGAAGGUGUAACGGUUUGGUUUGCGUCACUGCGUCUGUUUGCGUCACUGCGCCUCGCUUACGUGCGAGGGAGCUCAGCUUUGCCUCUGUAGAUCCGUUGGUUUUAAACCAUCUAAAACACUAAAGUUAAAAUGUUCCUCUUCAGAGCUGGGGUCCAAACCGGUGUUUUAAUUUUUGCAUCCCUUUGACUGAACCUUCUAAGACUAAGUGGAAGCAUGUGGACUUUGAGUCUUUCCAACUGAGCCCUCUCUCCAAUCAGACACCCUCUAAGGGGCAGACACGCGAAUGAGCAGGCAAACGGUUGGCCUGCCUUUGUGAAAAUGGAUUCACUAGGUUUUUUGUUUUGUUUUUUUUUUUAAUAACCAAUUCCUCUGCAUAUGGGGUGGGGGGGAGGGAUAGAACAUUUUAAAGUUGUAUAUUGCCACUUCUAAUUUAGGAAAAAUUGAUGUAUUUGGAGUCGGUCUCAGCUCUCUAGAAGGGUCAAAGGUCACAGCUUCCCCUAACAUGGUCCCAGCCAUUUCUCAUAUGUAUAUAGUAUAAACCGUGACAAACACUGCCUUUAUAUUAUUUAGCAAUAUGUUGUAAAUAGCAUUAUGAGGCUCUCUUUUUUGUAAUAAAGACCCUAUGAUUUGAAUAUAGUACAGUAAUUGAACUGAUAAAGUCAAUUUUUGAUUUUUUUUUAGCUAGAGGCAAUUUCAAUUGUGCAUUUUUGUUAUUGUCUGUUGUUCUGAAGACUGCAUAAUUUAUUGGUUUAAUUUAUCCUAAUUUAUUUGAUGAAGGUGUACAAUUUUGUAUUACCAAGGAUGUACUGUAAUAUUAAUCGAUAGGAUUGAAAACAGUGAGGCUCCCUGUCCUUAUUCAAAAGAAAACAAAAAAGGUGCCGUGGACAAUUGAUUUUAAAGUAAAAAGUAAAAACGAUUUAGUUUGGCAGCUACUAAAUUUUAAAAUGAGUUAGAAAAAAAAAAACCUAAAGGACAAUGCUGUCGUGGGGGGCGGGGAGGGUUUCCGUUGUGUGUUUUAAGCUUUUCUAUAUUCUCCGAACUUUGACCGUUUGCUUUGUACCACUAAAGGGUGCAGUAGUCCAACUGCCUUGUGUGCCUUCCAUCUUCUCCUAAACUGAAUGUAUGUGCAGUAUAUAUAUGCAAGCUUGUGCAGAAUAAAAUAUACAUUACAAGCUCA